AGAUUCCUUGGAGUCCCAUCCCAUUCUACUCUUGGUCUCUGUGGAGUCAAUAUAUUAUCAGUGUGGAAUAGUUUUAACACUAUAGGUAGGUCCUCAGAUUGAUAGAUACAAAAUGGACACUUUGAUUGACUUCCUGGACACAGAGAAAUGGACGGAGAUCAAUUCUACUGACCGUGGCGAAGGAUUCGUCGAAUGUGCCAUCAACAGGAACGCCAAGCAAGUCGACCCGAACACUCUCGCCAUUCAGAUUGCAGAUGAUGCCGGAAACUGCAGAACCGUGACUAUUUACAACACAAAGGAAAAUAAAAAUCCGGUUAAACAUGUCGGCCGGGCGGAAAUUAAGCUGGACGAGGAAAGGAAGACAGUACUAGGGAUAGACAUCGAUGGAGAUUGUGUGAUUGUAAAAAGCUAAUAUUGAAAUUUUAUUGGUGAUGGAAGUCCUCACUCAAACUCUUCAUAAUGGCCGCGACAGCAAGAUUGGAAAAAAAGUGGCUAAUAUAUAAUGUACAUAUUGUGAUGUUUCCUAACUAUUUUGUAAUUUUUAUACCUUUGAUGUGUGCACGAGAUAAUGCGUGUCGGAUGUAUCUUUCAGUUUGUGGCUAUACCUGUAUUAAAUGGAACUCAAUGCG